AUGGGCCAUGCAUCAUCAGAAACCACAAAAUUUCCUUCACGUUCCACGGAAGAGUCGGACGACUGGGCUCGCUUGCUUGAACAGAGUGGAAGCGCGUCCAGCAUUCAACAACAAACAUGGCUCCACCGUCCUACCGCUUCCGAUGACAUAGAAACCUUGCCUCCACACUCACCGUUAAACUCCACAAGACCUGCCACGGAAGACGAAACACCAACACGUCCUGUUACACCAAUCCGCAUCGCUAUAAAGGACCUAUACUGGGAAUCGGCCAUCGAUGAAGAUCUUUUGACCUCAAAGCCACCUUUUGCUCCAUCGAUAGCACACGCACGGCUCUGUCUGAUACUUGAAGAAUCAGACAAGACUGUCUUCGCAGGCAAACCAAAAUGUGCCGUGUGUUCCACGGACUUCACGCCCGCGAAUGUCCAUCAACGUGUCGAGCAUUUCAAUACGUGCUGGAAAAAGCUUCGGAAAGCUGCAACCGAAAAUGCUGGCAUGACCGAACAUCCGGAUCCGUCACGGCUUGUUCUUCAACAAUCGAAUCCGCAGUGCCUAGAAAGUGCACCCACGACCAGAACGAACAACUUCUGCACCUUAUGCUCGCUCCCUCUUGGCAAACUAUCCUCCACCGACGCAUUCGAGCACCGUAUCCUCUGCCAACGCGCUCUCGCCACCCAACCAACCGUAUGCCCACGCUGCGAUGCAAGCUUCACCACCAAUGAGGUUGACUGGAAUGAACUACAUAUCGCAGAGCACAUUCACAACUGCUCCACCCACCCAGGCGACGAAGGCUUCCAGUCUACGCAAGAAGUCUGGACCGAACGCCGCUUCACUCGGAAGGAUUCUGCGAACUGCGCCCUAUGCUCACAAUCGCUGGAGCCCCUGGACGAUGUGAUGGCAUUCCACCAUCGUCGCAGCUGUCUGGAACGAAAGAGGCCUGUCUAUUGUCCGGUGUGCUUCGACCCCCUCCCAAUAAUUACUGUUGGAGGAAAAUGGAAGCCGGAAGACAUUCUUUGGCACAUUCACCAAUGCCAGCGUGGCAAAAAGCUGUCAGUAAUUGAUAAGGAUGAUUUUGACAUUCUGGAAGCGCGGUGCUUUGCCCGCAUACAGAGCGUCUGGAGGAUGUUCAGUCGAAAUGUUGGCAGUGUAAUUGGGCCCAGGAAGGGCUGGACGUUCCGCGAGCACCAACACUCCUACCGCAGCAAGAUGGAAGCGGGUCGAGACAAUACAGCGGGACUAUACUCAACACCAAGCUCGAAGCUGCGGAACGUUGCGACGCACGCUGAAGACGGCGGAAUCAGGAUUGUGCAGAGUGUGAAAAGUAGAAGAGCUGUAUGGAGCAGCAUCGAGCGAUUCCGUCGGUCAGCCCACUCAGUAUACAAAAUGCUUGAGCAUAGGAGAAUGAUCAGCUGUACGAAGAGUGAGUAUCAGACGGAUGAAGUCGUGUACGAUUGGGACAAGAACCGAACGAUUACGACAAUCGAUGGACAAGAUCACGCGAUGCUUUGUGGUGAUCUAGUCGCUAAAAGCACUGGAGGAUCGAGUGUAAGUCUGAAGGUAUGGAGUACCUUCAUGAAACCGUCAACCCCGGAAGAAGAAGACGAUCGUGGGCGUCCGCGAAUCCGCACUCGAAAGUCAGGACGAGCGAGCCGGGUAUCAUCUCGCGAACGUAGAAGGCAUCUAGCCGUGGACAAAGCAACGAAGGCAGGGAUUCGAGUACCUCCAGGCUUCGAAUUGCGCAGCCUAGGGCUGCACUAG